AAAUGUAUAUUCUCUCUCUCGUUCUUUCUUUGUGUAGGAGUGAAAAUGAUAUUCCGUGUGGGUUUGGAGUUGUUGACGUCCAUGCUGGGUACUCGGGAUAAGCUCAAGGCCUGUCCGGGUCAGUAUGAGACCAUGGAGGUCCUCAGAGCGAUUGAGCCCAGAUACAUGCAGGAGGGCUUCUUAGUGCUCCAGGUUCUGGAGUUGCAGGUAUCGGCACAGGACGUGGAACGUGAGCAACGCACGCAGCUGAAGCGCUGGAAGAAGAAGCGCGGCAAGCCCGGCCCCAAACUCCCUCAGAGAAUGCACAGUGCUCGCGCCAUCAUGGCCACUGAGUCUCAUACACACCAAGACCUCCGCCAGAAACCCACCAUUAUGGUCCAGUACCCAUCGGUCCCUGAGGAGAAGUCCGAGCUGAACCUCAGGAAGAAGAGAGGGAGCCUGAAGAAAAACCAAGCCCUCAUUCCUAACCCCUACGCUCUACCUGGCGAGUCUAAACCUAGUCAGAUAUUGGACAUACAGCUUCUGAACCAGGAAAAUCUAAAUCUUGUACUUCCAAAUCCACCAUCACAUCCACCACGGCUCCCUACAAUGCAGGAAAAUCAGGUCAAAGAGACGAGCACUUCUACAGAGCGACUCGUGCAUCGUCCUCGAAUUCCUCCAUUGAUAAGAAACCGGCGGAAUCUAUCCCUCUGCAACAUCUAUCCCUCCUAACUGCUCCUGUACACAGAUCAACUUCAGCGUGGCGUCCUCACCUGCUGAAAUGUCCUCCUGUCCAAUCCAGACAACCUGACCAUGAUGAGCUCCCUAAUAAUACAGAAAACUCAGCCACCAUUUUGGAUCCAUCUACAGACUCAAGCCCUCUGCUCACGCACAACACACCUGCCACCCACGACUCUCCUGCUGCUCCCGAGUACAAAAACAAAGCUCCAGACAACUCCAGACAGAGUAUUAACAGCUCAGAGGACACGUACUUGUAACUCCGCUCACUGUCGCCACCUGGUGGUUAGGAGGAACAGGAAGCGGAGAAAUAUUUACAUUAUUUUUACAUUCAGAAGCUAAUUUGAGUUAGAGCAGGGGUUUGGUUUUUGCAUAACCCAUGUUGGUUCUUAACCUGUGACAAUUUACGCAUUUAAUCACUCUUAAACUAAUGAUUUCUCUUCAGAUCAAAUUUACACAA